AGAGAUUAAGAAUUUUAUCAUGGAUCUCAAAGAUAUUAUAUCAGUUAUAUAAUGUUGAUUUGGUUAUAGAUACAUUGUAUAAAACAAAAAAGAUAAUCUCACGGCAGUUCUGACAUUGAGCUAGAUACAGAGAUAGAUACAGUUGUUAAAAUUAAACACGUUUGCCAUUGUAGAUCAUGAACAAAAGCAGUAUGCUGCAAAUACGCUUAGAAAGGCCUCUCUAUGAACAUGAAAUGCUGAAUCAAAAUUACGAUUAUGAGAAACCAAAGUCAUCCUUGAUGCAGAAUGCAAUAAACAAUAUUAAGUCAAAGAACUGGCAGUCUUGUAUAGUGUCGACAGUCCCAGUGAUACAAUGGCUCAGCCAAUACAACUGGAGGGAAGAUAUAUUGCCUGAUAUUAUUUCAGGCCUAACUGUAGCGAUUAUGCACAUACCGCAAGGUAUGGCUUAUGCGCUUUUGGGAAAUCUGCCGCCAGUAGUUGGCAUAUAUAUGGCCUUCUUUCCUGUCUUCGUAUAUUUCCUUUUCGGCACGUCCAAGCAUGUAUCUAUAGGAACUUUUGCUGUGGUUUGCCUAAUGACUGGCAAAGUAGUCACAUUUUACUCAAAUCCAUAUGUCGGACACACAUUUGCAAAUGCUACGGAUGCUGUUUUACAAAAUUUCCAAGAUGUUACAUAUGAAUAUACACCUAUGCAAGUAGCAACAGCUGUAACAUUAAUGGUCGGAAUAUUUCAGAUAAUAAUGUAUACAUUCCGAUUAGGCAUUGUAACGACUUUGCUGAGUGAAACUUUAGUGAACAGUUUUACAACAGCAGCUGCUGUUUAUGUUUUAAUAUCUCAAAUCAAGGAUCUUCUUGGUUUAAAAUUGCCAAAGCAAAAAGGUUACUUCAAAUCGAUUUUUACUAUUAUAGAUGUAUGUACAGAAAUAAAAAAUAGCAAUAUAGCCGCUGUAACUGUAUCGACUGUAUCAAUUAUUAUUCUUGUUGUCAACAAUGAAUAUCUAAAGCCAAGAAUCAGCAAAAAAUACAGCAUACCAAUACCCAUUGAACUUAUUGCAGUGGUUGGUGGAACAUUAGUCUCUCGAUAUUGUGAUUUACCAAAAAUUUAUGAUAUUGAAACCGUUGGGCAUAUUCCUACGGGAUUACCCAAGCCAGAAGUGCCAAGUUUUGAAUUAUUACCUUUAGUGUUGAUUGAUAGUAUUGCGAUAACUAUGGUUUCGUAUACUAUCACUGUAUCAAUGGCGUUAAUAUUCGCGCAAAAGCUUAGUUACGAGAUAGAUUCGAAUCAAGAACUUCUUGCAAUGGGUUUUAGUAACGUAAUGGGUUCUUUCUUCUCCUGCAUGCCAAUAUCGGCUUCCUUGAGUAGAUCUCUUAUUCAGCAAACCGUCGGGGGACGUACGCAGAUAGCGAGUAUCGUAUCUUGCUUAUUAUUGCUUAUUAUACUUUUGUGGAUUGGGCCAUUUUUUGAGCUUCUACCAAGAUGUGUCUUGGCUUCCAUAAUAGUUGUACGUGUAGAAUUGUAUUUUAAAGAAAAUCUCGCAUUGUCAUUCAGAAAGCAUAUAAUUCUUAAAGAUUUUUUCAUGCAGGUAGCGUUAAAAGGAAUGUUUCAACAAAUCAAUCAACUCGUUAAAUUUUGGAAACUAAGCAAAAUCGAUGCUGUAAUUUGGAUUAUAACGUUCCUCGUAGUAACAUUGAUAAAUAUCGACAUCGGAUUGCUUGCUGGAUUGCUCGUGUCACUGGUCAUGAUUCUAUUGCAAGUUAUUCGACCUUAUACAUGCUUAUUGGGUCAUAUACCGCAUACAGAUCUGUACUUAGACAUGGGUAGAUACAAAGCGGCGGUAGAGAUACACGGAAUAAAAAUAUUUCACUAUUGUGGGACUUUGAAUUUCGCCAAUAAUAGCUAUUUCAAGUCCAUUGUAUACAAACUUGUAGGAGUGUAUCCGCAAAAAAUUAUUAAGUACAGAAAAAAAUUGGCCGAAGAGGGUCGUUUUUUAGAUGAGAAAAACUCCAGAGAAACAUGCGAAUUGCAAUGUAUAAUCAUGGAUAUGAGCGCGUUGAGUUACAUCGAUCCCAGUAGCGUUCAAGUCCUGCAUGUAAUCGUAGAGGAGUUCACGCAGAUGAAUAUUAAGUUUUACUUCGUCAAUUGUCCUAGUCCUAUCUUCGAAACAGUCAAGAAAUGUGACUUAUAUGUAUACGGGACAAUGUCAUUGAAAAUUUUUGCAACUAUACAGGAUGCCAUCGCUCAUUUUCAAAAUGAAAUAGCCUCAAGAUAAUGGAAAAUACAAUAUAGUUUUCUAAUAUACUAUAAUAAGAUAUAUACAGGGUGUAUAAAAAGUCUGGAAACAGUCGAAUAGCAAAGCAUUUUUGAGAAAAAUGUUUCAGACAAAAGUGGUAGGGUUUAAAAAGAUCUAUUCACUGAUCACUGAUCACCGCCAAGAUCGGGUCAAAUCGAUUUUUUUUAAUGGAACACCCUAUUUUUGAUGCCAGAAUCUAAUAGCUGGUAGC